UUCAGGGUUACUGUAUCGUACUCAUUAGGAAGUACUGCACUAUGCUUGAAAAAUAAAUGGGGCCAACGUCCUUUAAUAGUGCAGCAAAAUCAAUUAGUUUGGGUCGGCAGUAUCUUCGUCAACUUAAACUAGCUGUGUAAGCUAACUCGGGGAUUUAGAAAAUCAGAUUGUGAGUGAAAGCUAAUUCAGCCAAUGACCUUCCAUUUUGAACGCUGUUUUGAUAUGUGUGACCAAUGAUAUCGAAGGGAAGGCGGGACUAAAGGUCAGACUACCUUGCUAGCUCGAACUUCCAACGUUGAUGUUUACAACAGUGUAAUGGAUUUGUUUAUGCAACACAGCUGACGUUAGUCAGGCUGAGAGGAAAGAAGUGUGGGCAGUUUAAUACAGAAGAAGGACCGGCCGACAGUGCAUUGCUGCUUUGUUUCUAUUCUGAAGUUCAUCAGCAGAGAGUUGUGACAAUGCUCUAAGUAGAUGCUGAUGAGGUGUCAGAAGGGUUACAUGCAUUCUUAAUUGUAAGAACUCUGAAAUAUUGUCUAACACAGGAAACUAUAGAAUGCAAUAUAUAGCAUGCCGUCAUACAUUAUCACUUAGUUCAUUGAUUAUUUUUUUCAUAAUAUAAUAAAGUGAAUAAGCAGUUGUAGAACAUUAUGCCUUGAAUUAUAAAAUAACUGUAGCUGACCCAAAUAUAAUCUGACCUUGUUGAAUGGUAGCUGUAUGCUAUUGAAGAAGAUACUAUCAUAGGCAUGAUUGAGUCUAUCGAACACUGUACAGUGUUAAGAAUUCCUAUGUAAUAGUUGAGACUUGAAUGGAACAGUCUGGUUUUACCAGUUUUUAGUGUUUUUCAGCAGCACAUAUGCUUUAACAUGAAAGACUAGCAGUGCGAACAAAUUAACCAGAGGAAAUGAUAAUAACACAUUAUAUCAUUCCCAUUGUAAAUACCAGAUUGUUGGGAAGAUUUUGUAUAUAACUAGUGGUGAAUUAUUUUAUUCACUAGUGGAUAGUCGGAAUGAUAUGAUACAGGACAAUGUAUUGUAAGAAUCUGAGAACCAUUCCGCCCAGUGGUUAGUACAUGUUGUUUGAAGUAUAGUGGGUAUAUGGUAUUCUUAUAUGAGUGAGUCGUAUCUUAUUUGUGAUCAUCUUCAAUCAAAGUGUUUCUGGAUUUUUUUUCCUGAACUGAUUUCCACACUGUCUUGUGGAGUUGCCUGCUCUAUUAGGUUGCCAGUAAUGGAAGAUCAUAACAGGUUAUAUUAAUUGUUUUCCUGCCUAACUAGUAACUCACUGACAUACACAUGGAUAAGAUGUUGACUUUUGGAAAACCACAACUAGUUUAGUCAGAUGUAUGUAACCAACAUAUUGUUUAUGCACAAUACAUAAAUGGGAUAUUGAAAUAGAUCAUCACAAAUAUGAGCAGAUUAUUGCAUGUAAACAUACUGCUGUACGAGCAGUUGUCCAAUGUGCUGCUCACAGUACACCCUUUGAUCAUGUGCAGUACCUCUCCUGUGAGGUAUAAAUGAGAGAGUGUACAGGCACCGUGUGUCACUUAUUACCUUACACGUGGGUCAGCUGUGUUACAGCAUAUUGUUAUAUUGUAUCAUCAUCCAAGUGACCAGCUUGUAUUGUGUUACUGUGCUGCCAUAUACGUAGAUGGGUCAAGCACUGUGGAGGCUGCCUCCCAGACAACAGCUGCAGCUUCAGGAAGAGCUUGCAGACCGACUGGCUGACCGAGGAGGAGGAGGAGGAGGAGGACAAGAGCAAGGGAGAGAUGGAGAUCCCCAGAAAAGAGCUCCUCAGCCGUGUUAUGGCCCCGACAUCUAUCAUCUGCUGAGAACACGCAUGGGAGGUAAGGAACAACAUGGUUUUAUAGAUUUGGAGAUGUUGCCACCCGAAUUAGGCAUCACCAUCCUGUCAUACCUAAAUGCUACUGACCUGUGCCUGGCUGGCUGUGUGUGGCAGGACCUGGGAAGCGACGAAUAUCUAUGGCAGGGGCUGUGUAAGUCCACAUGGGGACACUGCUCCAUCUACAACAGAAGACUACCUGCUGGUUUCUCAUAUAGAAGACUCUACUUACAACUAGAUGAAGGCUGCCUGACAUUCAAUGCUAAUGCACAGGAGGUAACACAUGACAGCUUCUGCAGUGUGUGUUGAGUGUGAGCACAUGUCGGUGUGUGGAACAGUGAUGUCACGACAAAAUGAUGUUUGAAGUUGAAGUGAGAGAAAAGUGAAACAUCAGAGGCUCAGAAUGAUGACAUCAUCAAAGUGUGUGUGUGUGUGUGGAUGGAUUAAGAAUCUGUUAGGUCUGCAUUCACAAGAUAUGAUUCUGUCACUCUCUUGUGUGUGUGUGUGUGUGUGUGUGUGUGUGUGUGUGUGU